AUGCACAUCUGCAAGAAUGCCACUUAUAUCAUCAACAUCACUGAGGCUCAACGUAAUUUCGAUGAAAGGAUCUUCAGGAAGAGGGUCUAUAGGUAUUCUGUUCACGCUGGAAAAAUUAUCAUCCACUAUCUGGUUGUUAAUGAUGCUGGAUCUGAUGGUGUGGAGAAUGGAUCACAAGAUGAAUAUGAUCCUGAUUCUGAUUACAAGUAA